UAGUAAGUAUAUUAUAAUUCGUGUAUUCGUGUUCUUUCUGGCCGUGCCGAYGAUUAUUGGGCUCGAGCGAUGUGGCGACACUGGAGACUGGACCCACCGCGAUUGCGCAUCAGCUCCGUUCUCGAUCCGAGCGGCGAAUGAGUGCGGACUGUGACUGAAGACGAGCGGAGUCGAUCCUCCUCGACUGCAACUGAGUGCAACUGACUACUGAGUAGUGAGUACUGAGUAGUACUGCAAUUGACUGCAAUCGAGUCAUUAAUCAAAUUCCAACGGUCCUCGAGUUUCGUGUGUACGGGCGUACGGCGUGCGUACGUGCGUGCGUUCGUGUGUAUGUUAUUAUUGUUUUCCCCUCCACCGGUGCCACGGGAACGAAAAAAAAAAAUGGUGUUCGUGUGUCGUCGGAUUACGCGCAACUAGAGGAGYCGUGGUCGCAAACGAAAUGAUUUUCCGCGUUCCUCCGCCGCCGGUAGUCGUUUUUGUUUGCUCGUCCGCGUAGAUCCGUCGCUGUCUCGCGGUUCCGUGUUGUCGAUUGUGUGAUUGUGCGCCUUCGAGCUUUAACGCCCGACCCCCAACUGGUUGGCGGCUGGUGUGAUGGUCGCCCUUUGUUGUCACCCGAACACGUCGUCGUAGGAGCAGCAGCUGCCCGCAGUCGCUGUCCGUGUUGCCGGCGCUCGACAGGUCGAAAUGGCCGAGUACUAUCAGGGUGAAUAUAUAUACAAUCCUGUUUUAUAUGAAUUGGGUUUUAAGUAUGGUUUGGUAACAACAAACACUGAUGGUACAGGACAUGAUUCGUCAGUCAUCGAUGCAUUAACUCCUGCCCGAUUAGAUGAACUGAAGGAAACCAUAAGGCGUGAGAUUCGGCGAGAGCUUAAAAUCAAAGAAGGGGCUGAAAAAUUGCGAGAAGUUGUCACGGAUCGAAAAUCAUUGUCAGAUGUUACAGAUAUCGUGAAAAAAUCUAACACUAAGCUUGCAGAAUUACAGGCAGAACUGCAAGAACUUGAAUCCCAUAUCAUACUCAGCCAUGGAGCAACUGGACAGCAAUCAUGUUCUAGUGCUUCUAAUAAUUCGUUUUCUUCUGGAGUUCAUAAGACAUCUGGAUUAAAUGGAUCAUCAGAUCGACCUAUUUCAAGUUCUUUGCCUAUGCAGUUUGUUGGUCAAUCACCUAACCAAGUUCAAGAAUCUAAUUUUGUAAGUGACCUCAGACUAGUGCAACUAGAAAAACAACUUAAUAUAGAAUUAAAGGUCAAGCAUGGAGCUGAAAAUAUGAUYCAAAGUUUAAGUAAUGGCCAUUCGCGAGAUAAAAAGUUAUUAGCUGAUGCCCAACAAAUGUUAUCUGAUUCUAAAUUAAAAAUUGAAUACCUAAGAAUGGCU